ACGUACAGCUAUGCUUUACCAAGAAAGAGCACAGAGGUCAUGCUGAUGCAGGAGCAAGGCACCAAGACGUACGUCGAUGCUGUCCUCAAGACUCACCACCGAGUCAUUCAGCUGAGCACUCUGAACGCCGCGCUGUGUCCCGUCUUCAUGGACGUCCUCUUAAAGAAUCAACCAGAGGGAGUUCAGCUCUCUGUGACGGAGCACACCGAAGCUGAUUUCCAAGCACGGUUCAAGGGGCGUCCAGAGCUGGAGGGGCUCAUCGCUCAGAUGAACCAAUAACUUUCCACCUCAUUAUGUACAAGUAUCAGUUUGAUCUAAUUUAUUACCCAUCAUUCCUCAGUAGCGUCCUGUAUAAAUGGAUUCUCUGAAAUGGAAAAAAAACCUGUGCACAUUAGUCUCAUUUUGUGACCUUUGGGAAAUAAAACCACACUCAUUUUUCCAUCUUAAAA